GUUUAGCGCCCGGUCUCCGGGGUUGUUUCAGUCCGACUUCCCGCCGGACGCGUAGUAUAAAGCCGGCGGCGCGUCCAUCGUCGUCGUCAGUCGAUCCCCCCCGCCGGAGCACCAGUGCAGCCAACUGCCGAGAACAUGAAGUGCGCGGCGUAUGUUGCGGUGUUGGCGGUGCUGGUGGGGAGCUCGCUCCAAGCGGCCGUCAAGCUGCCUGGAUACCUGAAGCUCUGCUCCAGGGGAGACCCGAACUUGAACGACUGCGCUCUGAAGAGCGGCAUUGCUGCUUUGCCGAGACUCGCAAAAGGAGACGCGAGCCUGCACAUCCCAGUGCUGGACCCACUCCGUCUGGACCGCAUCGACGUGAAGCAAGGCUCGGGCCCCGUCAGGGUCGAGCUGGCGCUCACCGACGUCUACGUCAAAGGCUUGAAGGACGCCGAUCUCAAGGCCGUCAGUUUCGACUUGGCCAAAAGAACUGUGACCGUGAACUUCAUUGCCAAGAAAUUGGUCAUUGACUCCAAGUACAAGAUAGACGGACAGGUCCUUAUUCUGCCAAUCAAAGGAGACGGAGACUUCAACCUGAAGCUUGAUAAUUUGGAGGGAACAUUCAAGAGUGACUUUGAUAUCGCCAAGAAGGAUGGAAAAGAGUACAUAAAAAUUAAGAACAACAAUUUCGACUUCACCAUCACGAACGCAUUAUUUGACUUAAAGAACCUUUUUAAUGGUGACAAAGUUCUGGGCGACACGAUGAACACCUUCCUGAACGAGAACUGGAGGGAGGUGUACGGCGAGAUCAAGCCUGCCGUGGCUGAGGUGGUGAGGACUGUCAUCGUGAGGAUACUGGACGAGUUCACCAGCCUGCUGCCGUACGACGAGCUGUUCGCCGCCUGAAAACCACACCCCCAGAACAUAUUUAUAUUUAUAAUUAAAAAUAAAAAAUUUGAAAGCUACGUCACAUGUGUUUUUUU